AUUAAUGGUGGAUCACAAAACCAUGUGCGUUUUGUUUACAAAGAUUUAAAUCGUGUUUCCGUUUAGUUUAUAUUUAUGUAUUCCAUUGAACAAUAUAUAUAUAUUGAUGUAUAAGAUAUUUCGCUGCCUAUUGCCAAUAAGAUAUGGCGAAUUAUUUGAAUGUAAAAUUCAAAAUAAAAGAUAUUUGGCGAGAACUGUUUUAGGUAUUGAAACGAGUUGUGACGAUACAGGAGCUGCUGUAGUUGAUGAAUUUGGAAAUGUAUUAGGAGAAGCACUUAGUUCGCAACAUCAGUUUCACCUCGAUAAUGGAGGAAUUAUUCCGACGUUCGCAAAGUAUUUACAUAGAAAUGAAAUCAGUAAGAUUGUCCAAUCUGCUCUGGAUAAAAGUAAUAUCACAUUAAAGGAUGUUUCUGCUAUUGCAACCACAGUAAAACCUGGUUUGAAAGAAUCUCUUUUAGUUGGACUUAACUAUAGCAAAAGCCUUAUACAAGAUUGUAGAAAACCAUUUUUACCUAUUCAUCAUAUGGAAGCACAUGCUCUAGUAAUAAGGAUGAUUGAAUUAGUAGAAUUCCCUUUUCUUGUUCUUUUGGCUUCUGGUGGACAUUGUCAAAUUGCUCUUGUCCAAAAUGUCAAUAAAUUUCUUCUUCUUGGUACAACUAUUGAUUGUGCACCUGGAGAAGUUCUUGACAAGAAAGUAAAUACAUCCGAAUUAGGAGAAGUUGUUAUCUUGUAUGUUGAUAUUAAUAAAGUUGAAACAUGUUUUAAUGAUCUUGAAAGCCUUCCUUCAGAAAUUAGCUUUUAUUUACUCACAUUUUUAUGCAUCAAAUUUAACAUUUUUACCUUUUUGACUCAUGACGUCAUCAUUGGCAAGUCAGUUUGUGACUCACUGAAAUUUGACAUUGUAACUAUCAAUACUAACUGCAAGAGUAUGGGAUUAAGAAUGCCAGUACUUUAUGACAUAGUGGCCAACAAGUUUUCGUGUUGCCCUCCAUUGGAUAUUGUUGCAGAUGGAAUUAUACCCAAUGUGUCAGAUUUAUGUGCUUCUGUUUUGUAUAUUCUUACAAAGCAACUUGUAAGACAAGUCCAACGUGCUAUUAUGUUUUGCAAAUAUAAUAAUCUGAUACCAGAAAAUCGUCAGACUUUGGUUUUUUCUGGUGGCGUAGCCUGUAACGAGUACAUCAGAUUGGCACUGAAUAAAUUAUGUAACUCUGUGGACUGGAGAUUUACUUGUCCUCCUCCUAAACUAUGUAAUGAUAAUGGAAUCAUGAUAGCUUGGAAUGGAAUGGAAUAUUUAAAAGCAGGAAUACAAGGAACUGAUGCCAAAGAAAUUAGCAUUACCACCAAGUAG